GUCGCCACUUGCCCGUCCCCCUAGCUACCUACCUAGCUACUGCUCUUCGUCUCGCCAGGCGCUUUUGAUUGGAUCGCUUUGGUUCGAGCUCCAUCUGCCAGUAACCGGCCUUGAGUACUGGCAAAGGGACUAGCGAUUGGAUUGUUCAGUUCAACUGGAGAUGGAGAAGAGGGGUGGCCCUCCAUCGCCGUCGCCCAAGUCAAUGGAGAAGUCCGGGAAAGACUCGAGGUCAGGGGACGCUAAUGGCGGCGCUACCCCGAAAGGCGAUAAGGAGAAGGGAGUCAAUGUGCAAGUCAUCCUCAGAUGCAGGCCCCUGAGUGACGAGGAGACAACAUCAAAAACUCCGGUGGUAAUCUCGUGCAAUGAGCGCCGCCGGGAGGUCGCUGCCACACAAGUUAUUGCCAAUAAGCAGAUUGACCGGACCUUUGCCUUCGACAAGGUAUUUGGGCCGUCGUCAAAGCAGAAGGACUUGUUUGAGCAAUCCAUCUCACCAAUAGUUCAUGAGGUCCUUGAGGGCUACAAUUGCACAAUUUUUGCCUAUGGGCAGACCGGUACCGGCAAAACCUACACAAUGGAGGGAGGUGGAACCAGAAAGGCCAAGAGUGGUGACCUCCCAACUGAUGCUGGAGUUAUCCCGAGGUCCGUCAGGCAAAUUUUCGACAUUCUCGAGUCCCAGUGUGCGGAGUACAGCAUGAAAGUCACCUUUCUUGAGCUUUACAAUGAGGAGAUCACUGAUUUGUUGGCUCCUGAUGAACCGAGGUUCCCUGUGUUACCUGUCUCUGAGGACAAGACAAAAAAGCCUAUUGCCCUUAUGGAAGAUGGCAAGGGUGGUGUUUUUGUUAGAGGGCUUGAAGAAGAGGUUGUGUACUCUGCAGGCGAAAUCUACAAGAUUCUUGACAAGGGCUCCGCAAAGAGGCGCACUGCCGAGACAUUGCUGAACAAGCAAAGCAGCAGGUCGCACUCCAUAUUCUCAAUCACAAUUCACAUCAAAGAAUUGACUCAUGAGAGUGAGGAGAUGAUCAAAAUCGGGAAGCUUAAUCUUGUUGAUCUAGCCGGUUCAGAAAAUAUAUCGCGUUCCGGUGCUAGAGAUGGCAGAGCUAGAGAGGCUGGGGAGAUUAACAAGAGUUUGCUGACACUUGGACGUGUUAUCAAUGCUCUAGUUGAGCACUCUGGACAUGUCCCAUAUAGAGAUAGCAAACUGACAAGAUUACUGCGAGAUUCAUUGGGAGGGAAAACAAAGACUUGCAUUAUUGCUACAAUAUCGCCUUCUGUAUAUUGCUUGGAAGAGACAUUGAGCACACUUGAUUAUGCACAUCGUGCAAAAAAUAUCAGGAACAAACCCGAGGUGAACCAAAAGAUGAUGAAAUCUGCAGUCAUCAAGGACUUGUACUCUGAAAUUGACCGCCUUAAAUCAGAAGUGUUUGCGGCAAGAGAGAAGAAUGGUAUAUACAUUCCAAGAGAGCGCUACCUCCAAGAGGAAGCUGAGAAAAAGGCCAUGACAGAGAAAAUUGAAAAACUGGGAGCUGAUCUAGAGGCUAGGGAUAAGCAAUUGGUCGAACUAAAAGAGCUUUAUGAUGCUGAAAAACUUUUGAGUGCGGAAUUGGGUGGAAAACUCGAAAAGACUCAGAAAGACCUGGAGGGCACCAGGAAUGCGUUGCAUGGUUUAGAAGAAAAAUACAACGAAGCAAAGUCUAUAAUCAAAGAAAAGGAAUAUGUCAUAUUAAAUCUUCAGAGCUCAGAAAAGUCACUAGUAGAUUGUGCAUAUAAUCUACGCGCGGAAUUAGAAAAUGCAGAAGCAGAUGUGUCUGGGCUAUUCUCCAAAAUAGAGCGUAAAGACAAAAUAGAAGACGGAAACAGGUCACUCGUGCAGAGGUUUAGAUCUCAACUGACCCAUGAGCUCGAUGCCUUGCAUAAAACCGUUUCUACAUCUGUCACGCAGCAGGAGGAUCACCUGAAACAAAUGGAAGAUGAUAUGAAAUCCUUCGUAUCUUCAAAAGAUGAGGCUGCACAAGGGCUAAAGGAGAGGAUACAAAAUUUGAAAGCCCUACAUGGUUCAGGUAUUACAGCGCUUGAUAAUUUAGCAGGCGAGAUUGACAUAAAUUCUCAGACAACGUUUGAGAAAUUGAACUCACAAGUGCAAUCACACACAUCAGCUCUUGAGAAAUGUUUUGGAGUAAUUGCUUUGGGAGCAGACAACUUGCUAAAUGAGCUUCAGUGUAGCCUUUCGAAACAAGAAGAGCGACUAGCCCACUUCGCCAACAAGCAGAGGGAGGGACACCUGAGAGCCGUGGAAGCAUCACGGUCCAUCUCAACUAUUACUGCUGGUUUCUUCCACUCACUGGACAUUCAUGCAUCUAAACUCUCUAGUAUUUUGGAAGAAACACAAGGUGUGCAGGAUCAACAACUUCUUGAUCUUGAGAAGAAAUUUGAGGAGUGUGCAGCUAAUGAAGAAAAGCAACUUAUAGAAAAGGUGGCAGAGAUGCUUGCAAAUUCCAAUGCAAGGAAGAAACAGCUGGUCCAAACAGCUGUAGGUAGCCUUCGAGAGAGUGCUGUAAACAGGACAAGUCAGCUCCAGGAAGAAAUUUCAACGGCCCAGGACUUCACCUCAUCCGUACGGGAAAAGUGGGGCUUUUACAUGGAAGAAACCGAGAAUAAUUACAUUGAAGAUACCACCGCAGUCGACAGUGGACGAUCUUGCUUGGCAGAAGUUCUUGUCGAAUGCAAAACAAAGACGGACAUGAGUUCACAACAAUGGAAGAACGCCGAGGAUUCUCUUUUCAGCCUUGGCAAAGGAAAUGUGGAAUCAGUAGAUAGUAUAGUCAGGACGGGGACAGAAGCUAAUCAAUUGCUGCGUUCCAAAUUGUCGUCUGCAGUAUUGAGAACUCUUGAAGAUAUAGAUACUGCAAACAAGGCCAUUCUUUUUUCCAUUGACAGCUCGCUGAAGGUUGACCACGAGGCAUGCGUGAACAUUGUUUCUGUCCUCACCCCGUGCCACGGGGAGAUAACAGAGUUGAAGGGUGCACAUCACCACAAGGUUGUGGAAAUAACCGAAAAUGCAGGGAAAUGCCUAGAGGAAGAAUAUCUGGUGGAUGAACCGUCAUGUUCGACACCAAGGAGGCGGCAGAUCAACCUGCCAAGCGCUGAAUCGAUUGAGGAGCUGCGAACUCCAGACUACGAGGAGCUCCUCAAAUCGUUCCGUGAGUCGAGGACUGGAUGGAAGCAGGCAAAUGGAGACACGAAACAUCUUCCGGAGGCGCAAGAAUCAACAUCACCAUCAGCAGCCAGUGAUGCGAGAGUCCCUCUUGUAGCAAGAAACUAGAUUCUUCCAAAGAAUGUACAAAGGAGUAAUUUGUUUAGCUUACGUUACCCAGUUGUUUUGCUGUUUAUAGUGACAUCCAUUUGAUUAAUUGGAAUUGUUAGUUGAGGUGUUUGGUGUUCUUAGGCUGGU